GACGUUUGAUAGGGUCGCCAUCUAGCGGGUAGUGGAUUAUUUAAAAUUUUGAAACGUCAACAUGAUUGUGAUGGAAUCUGUUAAUCAAUUUGUAAAUUUCCAUUAAUAUCUUCGUAUUUAAUUGUAUAUCAAUAUUUAUUUAACAAGCGAAUUAAACUUCCGAUUGUGAAGCGUGGUUAGGUGUAUCGUAACAUGAAGUUUGUGGCUAAACCUUUAUAAAAUCACUGUGUUUAUUCUGCAGUGUAGAUGUGUUCACCUGUAGUUAGGAAAAUUUAGAAAAAUGUCACUCCCUGGGAAUGGAAUAUUCGUUGUGCAGGGUGAAAUGGCGAUGCUCGUUACAUCGAUGCGGCGGAGCACUCGCUGGGGAUCUCACUCUUUCCCCAAUGAAGAGUAUGAUGUGUUGAUGAAAACAUUCCAAGACUUAAAGACAAUCCUCAAUCAAGUCGAUGAUUUGAAGCUCUUAGAUCCAGCAACAUACCUCAGUCCAUUUUUAGAGGUCAUUAGAAGCAAGGAAACUACGGGGCCCGUUACUAGUUUAGCAUUGUCAGCAAUACAUAAGUUUUUGUCUUAUGGAUUAAUAGACCCCACUCAUCCUAGCGUGCCUGUGAUUGUUGAAGACAUAGCAGAUGCAGUUACACAUGCUCGUUUUGUUGGCACUGACCAUUCCUCUGAUGGAGUAGUGCUAAUGAAGAUAUUGCAAGUUCUUCAUACUCUUAUGCUCAGUCCUGAAGGAGCAAUGUUGACGGAUGAAAGCGUUUGUGAAAUUAUGCUUAGCUGUUUCCGCAUCUGUUUUGAAACAAGACUUACAGAGUUACUUCGUCGUAAUGCUGAGCAAUGCCUGCGAGACAUGACACAGCUGAUAUUUAUGAGGUUGCCACAAUUCCCCCCAGAAGACACUUCUGUUGCUACAUUUUCCACUGUUGAGUUAUCAUUGAAGAAGAGAGACAAAUCAAAUAAGAAGAAAAGUUUGACUGGUGUUAACAGUAAUUCGUUGGAAAGAAAAUCGCCGACAUUGGACCCAAACGUAUCAGAGAAUGACACAAUCAAAGCUGAAGCCGCUCUAAGGCAUAGCCAAGACAAGAAUUUGAUCAAUGAAGCAGAGAUAACAAUAGAACCAGUGGAAUCUCCCAAGAGUCCAGUCAAGAAGCAUGGUCGUCAUUCCUCUAUGGAUUUAGCAGCCGGGAACCAGUCUAUCACACAAUUGUUAGAGAAAUGUGUGGGCAACACCGAAGUGCAGACAGAUGCCCCCGCUGAACCACAGGCUGAUGAACAAGAGAACAGGGUGGAAGUCAAUGAAGAUAAAGAUGGUUUUGUAACCGAAGAAGCACCAGAUACGGAGCCACUAACCGCGGAGAGUGGUAGAGUGGAGGAGUAUGUGAAUCCGCGCGGCAUUAGGUUCACACCCCACCAUCGCCACCAAGCUCCGCAACCUUACGGCAUCGUUUGCGUCAGGGAAUUGUUCAGGUUCCUGAUAUCUCUGUGCAAUCCGCUGGAGGGUCAGAACACGUCGGGCAUGGUCCAGCUGGGGCUGUCGCUGGUGGGCACCGCCCUGGAAGUGGCAGCGGACCAGCUGGCCACCUGCCCCGCGCUCUACCACCUCGUGCGCGACCCCCUCUGCAGGAACCUCGUCAGCUUGUUGAACACAGAAAGGAUAUCUAUAUUCGCGUUGGACCUUCAAAUAUCGUUCCUGCUAUUCGAAGCGCAACGUUUCCACCUGAAAUUCCAAAUGGAAGCAUUUUUCAAGAAGCUAAUAGAGAUCAUAUCGACAGACACGACCAAAGCUAUAUACGAACUGAAGGAAAUACAUCAUUUAACCCUAGAGAGUUUAGCACAAAUGUUUAGGAUACCUGGCUUAUGUACAGAGCUAUAUCUGAAUUACGAUUGCGAUAUUUAUUGUACGAAUAUCUUUGAGGAACUAACGAAGCUUCUGUCUAAAAAUGUCGUGUCUUCCACUGCUUAUAAUAUCCACACACUGUCUCUGGAAGCUUUGAUGACUAUCAUAGACGCUAUAGAAUUAGGUACGCAACCGGAGAAAGUGAGAGAUACUAAGAGCGAGACGGACGUAGCUGUUGUGGAGGAACAGAACCAGAUGACGUACGAUAGGGGAGGUCACGUGUCCUUGGAGCUGGGCGGGAUGGAUGACGCGUCCGUAGUCAGUGAUCACGUGACGCAUGACAUAAGUCAGUAUAUAGGUGGAAGGACUGGGCGACAUAAACCCUCGCCCAAUUUGCCGUCAGAAGCAGAGCUGGACAACAUUAGGAAUAUGAAAAAGUGGGUGACGCAAGGUACAGAGUUGUUCAAUCAGAAACCCGAGCGUGGCAUAGAGUUCCUACAAGAGCACGGUGUGCUCAAAACUCCUUUAGAUCCAUAUCAAGUCGCUAUGUUCCUUAGAGAAAACCCAGAUUUGGAUAAGAAAAUGAUUGGCGAUUACAUCUGUAAACGUUCGAGUCGCGAUGAGGAGGGUGAAGGUCCCAGCGUUCUGGGCGCGUUUGCCGAAAGCUUCGACUACGCGGGACUCCGAAUCGACCAGGCGCUGCGGCUCUAUCUGGAGACUUUCCGUCUGCCCGGGGAGGCUCCGCUUAUAUUCCUAGUUAUGGAGCGAUUCGCGGAACGGUGGCACACGACGAACGGCGAACCGUUCGCGAACACGGACGCGGCGUUUCGUCUCGCGUACGCGGUGAUCAUGCUGAAUAUGGACCAGCACAACCACAACGCCAAGAAGUUGAACGUACCCAUGACCGUCGAUGACUUCGUGAGGAACCUGAGAGGAUGCAACGGCUCCGGGGACUUCGAUCAGGCGAUGCUCGAGGCCAUCUACCAUUCUAUCAAGAACGAGGAGAUGGUGAUGCCCGCGGAGCGCGUGGGCCCCGUGCGGGACGCGUACCUGUGGCGGGUGCUGCAGCGGCGCGGGGCGACCGCGGCCGCCGCCUACCGCGCCUCCCCCACCUCGUCCGCCUCGUCCGCCGCCCGCACUCACCACGCGCGCCUGUUCACCGUCGUGUGCCCGCCCACGGUGACGGCGUUAUCUGCUGCGUUCGAGCGCGCGCCGCCUCCCUCCCCGGAGGAGGCGUCCGGUGGCGGGGGUGGCGGGGGCGGGGCGGCGGCGGCGCUGUGCGGGCUGGAGCGCGUGGCGGGCCUGGUGGCGCGGCUGCCGCGCGCGGGCCCGCAGGUGGCGCCCACGCUGGACACGCUCGCCCUCACGCUCGCCAAGUUCACCGCGCUGCUGGCGCCGCCGCCGCAACACUACAACUACAUCACCAUAGGCGAGUACAUAUACCAGGGGCGGCCAACAUAA